UACAACGCUCGGUGUGGGAAGUAACCUAUAGGCCGGCUUACCGAAAGAAUAAGAGGAACACUCAAUCAUUCAUGGUGCAGCUUUUGUCAGUCUGUGCUUACUGGCUGCGUAGACUACUGGAACAGAUCGGAAAGAGUGGUAGCCUAGCCUAUUCCUCUAAAUACAUUAUUUACGCAGCAGCGGAUUGCUAGGUAGGCUAAUAUAACCACAAUCACGGAUACUGGUACAGUCCCGCUGGCUGAUUCAUUAACAAAAAUGAUACAAAUAUGUUAUGUUUUACUUUAUUUUUGACAGUCAAAUAGACUGCCAAAAACACGCAUUAUUUUCUUGUGACAGGCUGCGAUGUCCACGGCGGCAUAUAUUAUUAUGAAGCAGCAGGUAUGUGAUGGUGUCCAAUAGCUGUGUCCAGUCCAGAAGGAGCCGGUGCCACGCGACGGCUCCACAGGCACAAGGCGGCCGGCAGCUAGAUUACUGAGGGAUUACACGGACACUCGUUAACUCAAUGCCACAAAACCGAGUCUGAGUGGGAAGUCUGGGAACAUCGACCAGGGAGGGACUGAAUGGGCGGUCGGCCAACUGACUGACAGACUGCUAUGGGAAGCGCAGGAUCCUCUAUAAUCUCUGUGAAUGUAACUCUCAACUAAUUUCACCAGCGGGAGUUGAGCUGGGAUCGCUCCGCUAGGAUCAGAGACCAGUGCUGAAUGUCUGCCUCUGCCAUCCAGUGCAUCUCUCUGUAGCAGGCACAGAUGGUGGAGUGUUGCUAUGACAACACUUGCCCUGCACCAGGGUGUGGAGUUGUCUCCUUACUUGCUCUACUGUCUCUGAUAUGAGACCUCAUCAUGCAAUAACCAGUGGACACCAGUAGUCAGCUGAGCCAUGGCAAAACAGGACUCCCCACUGUUCCUCCAUGGCUUUGACCUGGGGGGACACUUCAUAGACCCCCGGCCUCUGGGCAGCGGGGCCACUGGUCUGGUUCUGUCCGCUGUGGACAAGCGCAGCGGCCAGCGGGUGGCUGUGAAGAAGCUGGUGAUGCGUGACGCUGUCAGCGUGAAGCACGCCCUGCGGGAGGUCAAGAUCACACGGCGCCUGCAGCAUGAGAACGUGGUGCGCGUGCACGAGGUUCUGGGCCCUUACGGCCACCCGCUGCCUCGCGACCCGGCCCAGCUGAGUGCCCUGUACAUCGUCCAGGAGUGCAUGGAGACGGACCUAGCUCAGCUGCUAGAGCAGGGACCACUUCCUGGUGGGCACGCCAUUUUGCUCUUCUACCAGCUUCUACGAGGCCUCAAGUUCAUCCACUCAGCCAACGUGCUGCACCGCGACCUCAAACCAGCCAACGUGUUCCUCAACACAGACCAGCUACUGCUCAAGAUCGGAGACUUUGGCCUGGCCCGAAUCGUUGACCCACACUACUCCCAUAAGGGCUACCUGUCAGAGGGCUUGGUGACUAAAUGGUACCGGUCUCCGCGCCUGUUGCUCUCACCCAACAACUACACCAAGGCCAUCGAUAUGUGGGCAGCUGGCUGCAUCCUGGCAGAGAUGCUAACAGGCCGCAUGCUCUUUGCAGGAGCCCAUGAGCUGGAGCAGAUGCAGCUGAUCCUGUAUACGGUGCCUGUGUUGAGGGAAGAGGACCAUCACGACCUCCGGCAGGUCAUCCCCUCCUACGUCAGCCACGGUUGGAGGGUCAGGAGGUCCUUCAGAGAACUACUACCUGAAGUAGAUGCAGAUGCCAUAGACUUCCUGGAGCGUAUUCUGACCUUUAACCCCAUGGACCGGCUGACAGCAGAGGCGGCCCUGGCCCAUCCCUUCCUGCAGCAGUACUCGUGUCCCCAGGACGAGCCCAUGUCACCCCAGCCCUUCCGCAUAGAGGACGAGCUAGAUGAUAGCCUGGUCACGGAGCCCGGCCACAGCCACAGCCACAGCCAGGCCUCUAGCUCUCACUGGGACAGGUAUGAUACCAGCCUGUCAUCAGACCUGUACUGGCAGCAGCAGAGUGGCUGUCAGUGCAUGCCUGGGGUCUCGGAGGUGGUCAACUCCAAAGAGGAGGAGGUCCAGAGAGAUCCCAGGGCAGGUUCCUACCCUCUGUUGGAGGAGGCCCAGGUGGACCCUCGCAAGUAUUCCCACAGCAGCUCUGCCGAGCGCUUCCUGGACCACUCCCACUCCUCUCUGGUGCGGGCCUGUGGGGGCGGAGCUUAUGCUGAGCUGGACUGUGGUCGCUCCUGUGACUACAGAGUGGGCUCCCCUUCCUAUCUGGACAAGGUUGCGUGGAGGGACGGCAAGCCGCAGCACUACUCCGAGCCCAAGCUGAUCCUGGACCUGUCUCACUGGAAGAGGAAUAGCCAGCUCACUGUGCCUGAGGGGCCUGAGCCUAGAGGGGCCAGCGUGGAGGAGCUGCCUGUCGAGGAGCCACCUUGGGACCUAUUCAAGGAGAUCUCUCGCUGGGUGGAGAGCACACAGACUCGCCUGUCCUCCACCAGCCCACCCCAGGGACCCCUGUCCUACCCCAGCUCACCCCAGGAACCCCUGUCCUACCCCAGCCCACCCCAGGGACCCCUGUCCUACCCCAGCUCACCCCAGGAACUCCUGUCCUGCCCCAGCCCACCCCAGGGACCCCUGUUCUACCCCAGCCCACCCCAGGAACCCCUGUCCUACCCCAGCCCACCCCAGGAGCCCCUGUCCUCCACCAGCCCACCCCAGGAACUCCUGUCCUACCCCAGCUCACCCCAGGAACCCCUGUUCUACCCCAGCCCACCCCAGGAACCCCUGUCCUGCCCCAGCCCACCCCAGGGACCCCUGUUCUACCCCAGCUCACCCCCGCUGCCCCCUUUUCCCACCUCCCUCCCUGCCCCACUCUUUCACAGCUGUUCGCCGGUCGUACAGCCGUCACCUAGACUGGACAAGCGCCACACACUCAGCCCGCCUGCCGCGUCCCAUUCCCCUCCCUCCCUGUUGCCCUGCUCUCCCUCGUCUCCUCCGCCAAUGUCACCUCUCAUUCCUUCGUCGAUUCAUGAGCCCCCGCAGACUCUUCCCUCCAGGGGGCAAGGGGGCCCGUUUGACCUAGACAUGUUCAUCUCUCGAGCGCUGAAGCUCUGUGGUCAGAGUGAGGACCUGGGGGGAAGCUCGGACGGGGCCAAACGGGCCAACAUCAAGAGGGUACCUAGACUCCCGGAGCACCGGCCACCCCCACCUCAGACUCCCAACUCCUAAUAGGACCUAGGUCCAAGGCUACCACAGAGGGUGCUGGUAGACUGUGGGAGCGGCGUUUAAGACUACCACAGAAAUCACAGGUAGACUGUGGGAACUGCGUUUAAGGCUACCACAGAGGGUGCUGGUAGACUGUGGGAGCGGCGUUUAAGACUACCACAGAAAUCACAGGUAGACUGUGGGAACUGCGUUUAAGGCUACCACAGAAAGCACUGGUAGACUGUGGGAACUGCGUUUAAGGCUACCACAGAAAGCACUGGUAGACUGUGGGAGCUGCGUUUAAGGCUACCACAGAAAGCACUAGUAGACUGUGAGAGCUGUGUUUAAGGCUACCACAGAUAGCACUAGUAGACUGUGAGAGCUGUGUUUAAGGCUACCACAGAUAGCACUAGUAGACUGUGAGAGCUGUGUUUAAGGCUACCACAGAUAGCACUAGUAGACUGUGAGAGCUGUGUUUAAGGCUACCACAGAUAGCACUAGUAGACUGUGGGAGCUGCUUCCAAGGACUGUGGUAUACUUAGUAAGACUUGCCUUGUAAAAAGCACCAGUUGACUCACACCCAAAGUCAUAAGCGAGGUGCUGACUAACAGAAUAGUAAACGUAUGGAGAAACACUCUAUAUACUGUAUACUCCCAAUGAUUACUCCCAGUGUAAAAUAGCUUUUUUUACCCAUUAUCAUUGCGGUGUGCAACUUUUCAUAAGUUGCCUUGACACUGACCUUUCUCACUUAAAUGAAUGGUGCUGGUCCUUUGGAUCAGAGCAGUAGGUGAGGAGAGAAAAGUGAGGAUCAAGAUCCAUUAGCUACAAACAACAUAAUGUGCUUCCGAUGGUUUUGCUACUGCAUACAGUAUGUCAUUGAGGUCACUGCUGUAAAUGAAUGUAUGUUUUACAGAAUCGAACGGAAAGUAGUAAGCCUAUGUAGUAAGCCUGCAUGAAAGCAGCAACUGUACUCAUUACAAGAAUGCCUGCAAAUGAUCAACAGUUAGGUGGAGAGAGGAAAUUCCAGGUAUUGCCUCGCAGAAUAGCUUAAAGACAACGUAGCCAGCUAUAUUUGGUUAUAAUUUUGUUGAAAUGACUCUUUCAAACACAACCCUUUAGGUUGUUUAGAUAUCUUCUGGAUGUGAGUAGCUAUAGGUCUUCCUGCAGCAAAUACUUAAGAAGAAUGAUACGAAUAUCUUCCAUUGAGUGGGAAGUAUCUCCUAUAAGGAGUCUGAAUGUAUUUAUAGAUACACAUAUUAGCAUAAGAACAGUUAGCUCUGGUCCAUGGCGUUAGAGCCCCUUCGUCUACUAAGGAAUGUGUUAAUGGAGGGAACGCGAACUAACAACCUGGACCAGAGUUAAAUAACAGUCAAAGGGAGAUGGUCUCUGGGACUCAUAUAUUGAGGUUUUACUGUUAACACUGCUGCUGUGAUUUCAAACAGUAUGCCUUGUACAAUUGUAUACAUUGAACUGCUGUUUCAUAAAGCAUCUUCCAGAUGCCAGUAAUGGUUUGUUGACAGUUUAAGGUUAAGUACAGCUUUUGGGGAUUUAUGUGUGUGUGUUAUUAUUUAGCUGAAAAGGAGUUUUCACACUGUAACGCAGUAAGAUAUAUCUGUCUGGUACCUGCACACCCACGUUGUCAUCACAGGGAGGUAUACUUAGAACAGUGGCAACACGGUAGUCAGCCUAGCUGAUAUCAAGCUGAUAACAGAAAGCCUAAGGAGAAGUCAUGCAAAAGGUCACACACUCAUCAAGCACUCAAAACUCUUUAGGCUGCAUCCCAAACAAACAAACGGCACCCAAUUCCUAUAUAGUGCAAUACUUUUGACCAAAGCCCUAUGGACCCUGGUCAAAAGUAGUGUACUGUAAAGGAAUUGGGUUUUGCCAUUGGGGAUGUAGAUCUUGUCUCAUGCUUUUACCAUUGUUACUACUAUUCAAUGACAGCUACCGUUCCAAAAUGGUUGGAUUUCAUAAUGAUAUACUCUCGAGUCAUGAGAAAUGUAUCAUUGCACAAUAUCACAUGACAUUGUAAAGGGGACACAGUGAGCUAACAUAGUCAAUUCUGGGAAUUGCAGGGUGCAAACUAUCUUCAGAGCAGAGCGAAGUUUUAAUAACAAAAGCACAUCAGACAGACAUUGCCAGGGACCAGGUUCUUAAAGGCCAAUUAGGCUUCAUGUGCAGUGACAGACACAAUCUGGACCAGUCCAUGAUAUUUUACUGGUAAAAUAACAGUCAGCAAUAAUAUCAGUACCAGUCAAAAGUUUGGAUACACCUACUCAUUGCAGGGUUUAUAUUUAUUUUUACUAUUUUCUGCAUUGUAGAAUAAUAGUGAGGACAUCAACACUAUGAAAUAACACAUAUGGAA